AUGGAUAUUAAAGAAAAUGAUUCAAAAUUAUUUACACCAGGUCCAUUGACGACCAGCUUAACAGUCAAACAAGCAAUGCUUCAUGACUUAGGAUCACGUGAUACAGUUUUUUUAAAUAUUGUUGCAUAUGUUCGAAGCAAAAUAAUUGAAUUAGCUGAUGCAUCAGCAGAUGAAUAUGCAGUUGUACUUAUUCAAGGAAGUGGUUCAUAUGCAGUUGAAGCAACAUUUUCAUCAUGUGUACCUCGACAAGAUGCUAAAGUUUUACUUAUUGAAAAUGGUGCCUAUGGUCAACGAUUAGUAAAAAUUUGUCGAGCAUUAAAUAUCCCUCAUGAUGUUCUUUCAUUUCAUGAAACUGAACGUGUUCACGUUGAUCAAGUUGCAGAAGCAUUAAAAUCAAAUCAAUAUACACAUGUUGCUGUGAUUCAUUGUGAAACAAGUUCAGGGAUUUUAAAUCCAAUUGAAGAAAUAGGUCAAUUAGUUUAUGAACAUGGUGCUAAAAAAGGAUCAACAGUAUUUAUCGUUGAUUCAAUAAGUGGUUUCGGUGGUAUUCCUGUUAGUCUUCGUAAUGGUCAAAUUACUUAUCUUAUAAGUUCGGCUAAUAAAUGUAUUGAAGGUGUGCCUGGCUUUGCUUUUGUCAUUAGCAAAAAACAACAUUUACUUUCGUGUCAAGGUUAUGCACGAAGCUUAGUACUUGAUCUUUACGAUCAAUACAUCUAUAUGGAACAAAGUCAACAAUUUCGUUUUACACCUCCAACACAUGCAAUUCUUGCAUUUAAACGUGGAUUAUAUGAAUUAGAUGAAGAAGGUGGUAUACAAGCUCGUGCUAAAAGAUAUCAAGCUAAUAAUAAAUGUAUUCGAGAAAUAAUGAAAUCACUUGGUUUUAUUGAAUUAAUCAAACCGGAAUAUCAAACAUAUAUUAUUACAUCAUAUCAUUAUCCACCAGCACCAUUUCAUUUUGAAACAUUUUAUAAAAAACUUAGUGAAAAAAAUCAAUUAAUUUAUCCUGGUAAAACAACAAAAACAGAUUGUUUUCGUAUUGGUAAUAUUGGUCGAUUAUUUCAAACUGAUAUGGAAAAAUUAGCUGAAUGUAUUAAACAAGUAUGCAAUGAUAUGAAUAUUGAACUUCCGUUAAAGAAUAAUAAUAAUCAAUGA